AUGCAGAUCAGUUCUCUUCCAUACGACUAUGACAUUUACAUAAGAUGCCAGAACUACAUCCUCUUCCUCCAUAAGAUAAAUAACUCUAACUUAUAUGUUUGUGGAACCAACGCAUAUCACCCAACUUGUGAUUAUAUGGUUAUCCAGGGGACGAACAUAAGCUUGCAAGGAAGAGCUGAAGAGAGCAGAGGCAAGUGUCCGUUUGAACCAACUCUAAAGUAUGCGUCUGUUUUUGUAGAUGGGGAAUUUUAUUCGGCUACUUCAAAUAAUUUCUUGGGAACAGAACCUAUAAUACUUCGCAGUAUGAGAAAUCCUGUGAGAUCGGAGUUUAAAACAUUGUGGCUAAAUGAACCAAGCUUUGUCAACAUGGAAAUAGUGCAUGAAAGUGAAUCUAAUCCAAAUGGAGAUGAUGAUAAAAUUUAUGUGUUCUUCACUGAAACAGCUGUUGAAUUUGAAUUCUAUGACAAGCUUCUGGUGUCCAGAAUCGCCCGUAUCUGCAGAGGUGAUCUUGGUGGAAAACGCAUAUUGCAGAGAAGAUGGACGUCAUUUUUAAAAUCCCGCCUUUCCUGUUCCAUUCCAGAAUUGAGCUUCCAUUUCAAUAUUGUCCAGGACAUCUUUUUACUUAGGAGGAGAAAGUGGCAGGACAGCAUAUUUUAUGGAAUUUUUUCCCAACAAUGGGGAAGAUUAGACAUAUCAGCUGUGUGUGCCUACAGUAUGAAAAAGAUUCAGGAAGUCUUCUCCAAAGGAAGCUACAAAGGACCAGUAACUGUAGAGCAUUCCGCUGUUAAGUGGAUGGUAUACAGGGGAGAAGUGCCAGUUCCACGUCCUGGUGCUUGCAUUGAUAAUUUUGCCCGGAGUAUUGGGUAUAAUACUUCUUCUGACUUGCCUGACAAAGUUUUGCAGUUUGUUAGAGAUCACCCUCUAAUGGAUAAGUCUGUAAAUCCGAUUGGUAAUAGACCGGUGCUACUGAGGAGAGGUUCCAGCUACACCAGGAUUGUAGUAGACAGAGUCACCGGCCUAGAUAAACAAACGUACGAUGUUAUGUUUCUAGGAACAGAUGAUGGAUAUUUGCAUAAAGCUUUCAACUGUGAGGGGGAAAUGUUCAUUGUGGAAGAGCUACAGCUGUUCCCGUCUCCUGAGCCUGUGCAGUCUCUCCAGUUGUCUUCUGAAAAGGGAAUGCUCUACGUAGGCUCCCGGUCUCAGGUGGUGCAGCUUCCAGUUUCUGAGUGCCACCGCUACAAGUACUGCGUGGAUUGCAUCCUGGCGAGGGACCCGUACUGCGCAUGGUCUCAGUCUGCUAAUGAAUGCGUUCUGCUGGCAAAUCGAACCGCUCACACGAAGUAA